UAACGGUUCGGUGCGGCUAAACACAAGAAAGAGAGGAAGCUACAAGUGCAUUUUAAAUAUCGAUUUAAAACAUCCUUGCUCUACAUAAACAUUAGAUUUAUUUAAUACAGAAUUCUGGACAUUUACAUCGGCAUCACGUGAUAGUGGCUUUUUCUUUGCAAUUCUUCCCAUAAGUCCUGCACCCCUGAAUCUUCUACUGUUGUAUAUGAAACUGGUGUUGAGCGGGUAGAAUUCAAUGAAGCUGUCAGCUGAGGACAUGUGAGACACUAUGGAGAUUUUCAAAGAAAAUACUUUUUCCGAUGAUGUCCUGCCUGUUGUCAUUGUUGGUAAUGGACCAUCAGGCAUUUGUCUGUCUUACUUGCUGUCGGGAUACACACCUUACUGUUCCCCCGACGGCUUCCAUCCCAACCCCAUUUUGCGUAACAAACUUGCAGAGAACCACCAUCUGUCUCUGUUUGAUCAGGAUCUAGAAUAUCUUUGUGAAGGUGUAGAGGGUCGUUCAUCCAACCCUGUGGCUGUGCUUUUCGAUGCCCUCCUUCUCCCUGAUGGUGACUUUGGAGUGGACUGUGCCUCACCACUGAUAUGGCGUUACGAGCCUCAAAGGGCCACACCCCAUCUUGUACUGGGGAAAGGGCCACCUGGUGGGUCCUGGCAUGCAAUGGAGGGCUCAAUGUUGACUCUCAGCUUGGCUAACUGGAUGGAACUUCCUGGUUUAAAACUGAAAGACUGGAUGCAAGAUAAACGAAGAAAUGUACGUAACGACCGAGCCACGCCAGCUGAGAUCGCAUCCUACUACCAGCACUAUGUAAGCGAAAUGGGACUGGAGAAAAGCUUUGCUUGCGGGACAACUGUAACCUCAGUCCAACGGGUUUCCCUGGAAUCCACUCACUCCGUCUGGAAGAUCCAAGGCCUCCAGCAGACAGCUAAAGUUGAAGGAAAGGAAGAGAUGGAAGUUCCAUUCUCUGUUUAUGCAGAGAACGUGGUGCUUGCCACAGGAACACAUGACAUCCCAGCACGUCUUGGCGUGGAGGGUGAGAAUCUACCCUUUGUGUGCCACAGCUUCUGGGAGCUGGAGGCCGCCAUUUCCUCAGGGCGUUUGGACCGUGCUUCGGAGCCAGUUCUUGUAGUUGGUGCUGGGCUGACAGCGGCAGAUGCCAUUCUUGCGGCUCACCACUUGAACACGCCCGUAUAUCAUGCCAUUCGGCGACCGGUGAAUGAUCCAGCACUCAUAUUCAACCAGCUUCCCAAACUCCUCUACCCUGAGUACCACAAAGUGCACCAAAUGAUGAGCCAGCAGCAACAUAAACUGGGUGAGGCGUUGGAAAAUCUGUCCAACCAACCUCUAACCUCACCUGCCGAUGGCACAAGCCCUUACAACAGUUACCCUGGUUACCUCAGUUUCCCUAAGCACCACGUAGUUGCCUUCAAAUCUGAUGGCAAGUGUGUGCUAGAGGGUGAAGGAGGGCUACAAACAGUAUUGCAAGUGUCAAUGGCACUCAUUUUGAUUGGUGCACAUCCCAACCUAUCGUUUCUCUCAGAACAUGGUCGCCUGCUGGGGCUAAACCCAGAAGAGCCAAUCAGCUGUAGACGGAAUCCUUUAGAUAUUGAUCCGUACACGUACGAGAGCAUCAAGGAGCCAGGACUAUAUGCAAUAGGACCACUGGUGGGUGAGAACUUUGUGCGAUUCCUAAAAGGCGGUGCUUUAGCCAUUGCAUGUGACAUAGCCCGCAAACAGAAGACGAAACGACAAAGUGCAACAGAGAGUUCACCACCAACUCAUUAAACAAUGAACUGACCAACUGCAUCUUAAAAGCAUAAAAAAAACAUUGAAAGUGCAUAAGAUGGAAAGACUUUUAAGGAGUAAAGGAGUGGAUGAUGUUCUAAGUACUGUAGGUAUCUGCUCAACUUCCUCCCAUCAAUAUAGAAGUUCCAGUGAUACUGCCCCGAGUUACGGAAAUAAAGGAGAACGGCAUAAGAACCAGAUUGCCAUUCUGACAUGCAAUUCAGUCUGCAAAUGCACUAACACAGAUUUUUAUUGUCAAUGACUAACUAAUGUAGCAGCAACUCUAAACAUUAAUCUGCAUCUAUGGACAGAAGGUAGCUGCUUUUAAGACUUCAGGGAGUUUCUUGUACAUGGCUGCUCAUUCGAAACACUACACAUGUUCUCUCAGCAAUCAUGCUCUGUCGUGCCAAUUAACAUUUGUUCUGGUCGUGUUUUCAGAUUUCUUCAUGUGAGGAAAACUCAAAGCUAAACUUUGCCUUGCAAAUGCUGUUGUUGUAUCGAUGUAUGUUCCAACAUGCCUGUUUUCGUCUUUGUAGAUGAAUGUAUUAAGCAUAGUGGACCUAUUUUUAACAAAUCACUGAAAUCCAAGCACAACAUUGUUGUUGCGAAACUUCCAUUAGAAGAUAAACUGUGCGAUUUGUGAGAUUAUGAUGAACUUUUUAUAUAUACAUAGUUCUCUUUCAACAGUGUCCAUUUGAGUUAAUGAACUUCUUUUAAAUUAAUUAAUUAAUGUAUUAUCUUUAUUUUAAUAAUUUUUUUUCUUCCGUACAUUGCCUUCCCAAGUACACUGACCAACAAAGCCAAAACACAGUAACUAUGACAACACUGAAACUGAGCAAAAUGGCUUCAAAAGUUUUUUUCAGUCCAUCCAAAUGUGGAUUAUCAAAUUUCUCAGAAACUGAGCAUAGUUUGGUCAAAAACAUCUGUGACUGGACAGAUCAUAGUCUGUCAUAGUCAUGUCAGUUUUGACUAAAUGUGUACUUACUGCUUUUUGCCUUUGCAUGUCAGUAAAAUGUAUCACUGUACUGAGUAAACUUGUUAUACUAGCAAACUUGACUUGAAGCUAAGGAAACUUUGGGAUGUCCUUGUUUCAUACUGCUAGCCAAAACCUCAGUAAGGUCAGGCUGCACUUACAAAAAUUACCAUAAGAGGACCUUUGCAAACAGCGACUGUAAAGCCAGCGACUUUGCAUCAGACACAAUUAUCCAUGUGUAACAACUGCAAUUAUAACAUUCAGGGAUGCAAUGUACUCACCUUUCAGCUAAAGUCACACUUUUCUAAGCUAAAUUGCCAAAUUGUUUUAGUACAUUUUCCUUAUUAAAAUCACUUGAAAGAGUUACUUAUAGCUUAAACAAUUUAAAAGCAACAGAAAUGCUUUAAAUAUAACAAACAAAUCAACAAAAAUAUAUUUAUCUAGAAUACUUGCUAUGACUUUCUUACUCUCAUGAGUUUGCAUCCCUGAACGUUAUUUGAAUGAAUGAAUGAAUGAAUGAUGACGGCCUACAUGACGUGCUUAUUAAAGCUAUGUAUGUAUUAACUGAUGGGUCAUAUUUGACCCUGCCUAUGAGACUGCCUUAAGGACCUUAGGACCUUUUGAUGCAAUAAGUAUGUUCAUAAGUAAUCCAUUUAACUGUAAUUUUUUUUUUAAUGUUGCAUGAUAUAAUAUCUUGUUCCUUUAAGAGAGUGGUUUUAGACUAUUUAGACAUGGAGAUAUUCUCUUUUUUUUAAUCUAAAAACUAUUUCUACUGUAUUAUUUGUCUAUAAUUUAUGAUUCCUGGCAGCUCAGAUUAGACAUGUAUAUAAAACGUUUCUGAAGAACAGAAAACCCCCAUUGCAAAACAUGUUUAAUUUAUCUGCAUCGACUGUUGUCGAACACUAUUUAUAAAUUAAAAAAAAGGAGUCUGAAAAAGGAAUACAGUGUCAUUUGUCUGUCCAUGGCUAUGUUUGAAAUAGCAUACUACCAUAAUACUCUUGCCAUGUCUGCAGUAUUUAUUUUGCACACUGUGUUCAGUAUGGCAAUUCUCUGUCUGUCUAUCUAUCCUGGUUCAGUGUUCUCAUCAAAUCAAAAAUACUAACUAAAUGUCUGUCUGUCUGUCUGUCUGUCUAUCUAUCUAUUCUGGUUAAGUGUUCUCAUCAGAUCAAAAAUACUAAUUAAAUGUCUGUCUGCUUAUGUAUACAGUGGGUACGGAAAGUAUUCAGACCCCCUUACAUUUUUCACUCUUUGUUAUAUUGCAGCCAUUUGCUAAAAUCAUUUAAGUUCAUUUUUUUCCCUCAUUAUUGUAC